UCAGACAAUAGCAACAGCGGAAACAGCGGGUUUAUACACCAUUGCUGCUUUCAUCUGUUUCUUGUCAAUUCGUGGCAACGUCACCAUCUGCAAUUCAGGAUUAGAGAGGUGGGCACUAGGCUCCACUAUAGGCCUAUAACACCUGAACGUGCCCAGAUUAAUUUGGAGUGGACCGUGGGCGGUAUGGGAUUGAGAUGUGAGUUCCCGCUAUAAGAGGGCACCGCUACCCAGGACUGAGCGCAUCAUUUACGUAUCAACAGACCGAGCUGUAGAAUUAUGUCUCUCUUCAUCAAUCAUGAAUUCACUGCACACAGACUGACUGACCAGAAAGAGAUGGAUUUUACAGCACAUUUUGGAGACCAAGGUCAAUGUAAAGGUAGGCUAUUGAGGAAUGACAAUGGACUUUCAUCACCUGAACCUGAGAGAAGCGUGUGUACAGAGGGCCAAAGGAAGCGCAAAAGAACCAUCUUCAGCCGCGCACAAUUGUCUGAGUUGGAACAAGCUUUCGCUCUGACGCCGUACCCAGACAUCACUCUCCGUGAACGCUUGGCCGCACAUACGCAUCUACCUGAAAGCAAGAUACAGGUGUGGUUCCAAAACAGGCGGGCAAGAAGUAUCAAGAGUGGAAGACUCAACAAAUCAACAAAGCCUACUUCUGGAAGAGGAGGUGCAACAUGCCAACCUCUCCCAGUGGUUCCCUCCCCUGGUCCCUCCUUCACUCCAACCACAAUGGGGGAGAUGUUCCGACCAGACCAGAUUCAGUGUGACGAUGGUCAGCAGUUCUACUCCGACUGGAUCCGUCUCUACAGCAACCCUGUGUCUCAUCAGCCUACACCCGUCUCCCCAAACCUGGCAGAAUCCCUGCUGUGGGAGGAAGACCGCCGAUCUCACCUGGAAUCUCUUGCUACUACAGCUGCACCCAUUGGAAGGCAAGCACACUCCUCGCGGCCAUACCGGGAUGGGUUCAACCAGCCCUGCGUGGGCACCUCAGGGUAUAGGAACUUUAAUCUACAGACUCUAGCUGGGUCACAGGCCAGAUAUGGUCACCAAACCUCAGUGGACCAGGUUGUCCCCUCCCAUCCACAGCAGAUGUACUGGGAUGCGACUCAAGGACAGGUUCAUCAUCCUCAGGUGGGCCCCCAGACCUCCAUCGGAUACAUCUCAGACCUGAUCUAUAAUGCUGCUAUUGUCACCAACUUCCUGGAGUUCUAAUGUUCUGUCCCUGCGUACCUAUAGCCUGGUUGUCUCAGCUCUGGUGGUGCUGUCUUGCCAUGAGUUGGCAAGACAACACAAACAGAUGUAGGACCACUAGGCUAUAACACUUACCCAAUACAGUACCUUCAGAAAGUAUUCACACCCCUUGACUUUUUCAACAUUUUGUCUUUCAGCCUGAAUUCAAAAUGGAUUAAAUAUUAUUUUUCUCAUCCAUCGACACACGAUACCCCACAAUGACAAAGUGAAAACAUGUUUUUAGACAUUUUAGCAAUUUUAUUGAAAAUGAAAUACAGAAUAUAACAUUUACAUGAGUAUUCACAAAUCCUUGAGUCAAAAUACUGUAUGUUAGACUCGCCUUUGGCAGGGAUUACAGCUGUCUUUCUGGUUAAGUCUCUGAGUUUUGCACAACUGGAUGGUACAAUAUUUGCACAUUAUUCUUUAAAAAAUUCUUUAAGCUCUGUUAAAUUGGUUGUUGAUCAUUGCUAGACAGCCAUUUUCAAGUCUUGCCAUAGAUUUUCAAGACGAUUUAAGUCAAAACUGUAACUACGCCAUUCAGGAACAUUCACAUGUUCCAACAUGUUGGAAAGCAGACUGAACCAGGUUUUCCUUCAGGAUUUUGUCUGUGCUUAACUCGAUUCUGUUUCUUUUUAUCCUAAAUAAAACUCCCUGGUCCUUGCCGAUGACAAGCAUACCCAUAACAUGAUGAAGCCAUCACUAUGCUUCAAAAUAUGAAGAGUGGAACCGAGUGAUGUGUUGUGUUGGAUUUGCCCCAAACAUAACACUUUCUAUUCAGGACAUAAAGUAUAUUUCUUUGCCACAUUUUGUGCAGUUUUACUUUAGUGCCUUAUUGCAAACAAAUGCAUGUUUUGAAAUAUUUGUAUUAUGUACUGGCUUCCUUCUUUUCACUGUAUUCACUGCAUUGUGGACCAACUACAAUGUUGUUGAUCCAUCAUCAGUUUUCUCCUAUCACAGCCAUUAAACUCUGUAACUGCUUUAAAGUCACCAUUGGCUUCAUGGUGAAAUCCCUGAGCAGUUUCUUUCCUCUCCAGUAAGUCAGUUAGGAAGGACAUCUGUAUCUUUGUAGUGACUGGGUCUAUUGAUACACAAUCCAAAGUGUAAUUAACUUCACCAUGCUCAAAGCGAUAUUCAAUGGCUGCUUUUUAAAAUUCUUUACCCAUCUACCAAUAGGUGCACUUCUUUGCGAGGCAUUGGAAAACCUACCUGGUCUUUGUGGUUGAAUCUGUGUUUGAAAUUCACUGCUCAACUGAGGGACCUUACAGAUACGUGUAUGUGGUGGGUACAGAGAUGAGGUAGUCAUUCAAAAAUCAUGUUAAACACUAUUAUUGCACACAGAGUGAGUCCGUGCAACUUAUUAUGUGACCUGUUAAGCACAUUUGUACUACUGAACUUGUUUAGGCUUGCCAUACAUAACAAAGGGGUUAAAUGACUCAAGACAUUACAGCUUUUCAUUUUUAAUUAAUUUGUACAAAUUUCUAAAAACCCUAAAUCCACUUUGACAUUAUGGGGUAUUGUUUGUAGGCUUUAACACAACAAAAUGUGGAAAAGAUCAAGGGGUGUGAAUACUUUCUGAAGGCACUGUAUGUGUGUUGUCUGUCUCUCCACAUUGGCAGAAUUUGUGACCAAUUGUAUCAUUUUGCUUGUUUUUAUUUUGUUGUUGAAUGUGUGAAUCUUAUGUCUUGUGUCUUUCAUUAGCUUGUGAAUAAUCGUAAUAAUCGUUUACUUCAUCCAAAGAGGAAUAGAUUUAUUUCACCAUAGUAAUGAUUGAUUAGAAGUUUAAUAUGAACUUUUUUAAACAGUUAAAUAAUAUUAUAUAUAGUUACAGAGAUAGGGUUACCUAUAGGAUACCCCUCUCGUAGUAUUUUGUAGGGUCUUUGAUGUUCAAGCAGCUUUCUGUGGAGUACAAAAGGACCCAUAUGCAUUACAUACUGUAACGUUACAUAGUUGUUUUGAUGUAUUAGUAUUCUACCUGACAUAGAAUCAGGUCUCAUAGAUCAUUUGGUCUGUUAUUCAUUCUCGGCGGAUUUGAUUCAACAUUUAAUGUUUUCGUGAGUAUUAUCUUUCAAAAUAUCCUGAUUAAAAUGAU